AUGAAGGGUCUACUCUUGGUCUUUGUGGUUCUUUUCUUGCUGUCCUAUGUUCCACCAGUUAGAAGUGGACCGAAUCUUUACAUAAACCGAAUGUUUGGCUCUUGUUGGCGAAUGAAAGGCACUUGCAAGAUAUUUUGUGCGAAAAAUGAAGUGUAUCAUAUUUACUGUAAUUCCGUCUUUGCGUGCUGUGUAAGCAAACGGGAUUUGCCCUCCUUGGUUGGGUAG